UCAGAUGGUGUGUGUAUGUGCGUGUGCCUGCCUUCUGAGUGAGUGAGACGAGCUGGGAUCAUGAGCCAGGGUUGUUCCAAGUGGUUUUAAUCAGCAGCCCAUUAGAGGAGAAUGGAAAACUUCUAACAGGAUAAGAACCGACUGUGGACAGGACGGGUUAAGCUUUAACCUCUCGCUUUCUUGGACCCUGUUGUGUGGCUGAGCAGUGCUUUCUGUGAAGGGGGUGAAGAUUUCUGCUCCUCACCUGUCUGCUGGCAGGUUGUUCCUGCACCCCCAUGGGCCGGUACCUCCCAAGCCUCUGCUCCUCUGGAACCUGUGACUCCUUGCCAGGCACCAGGAAGGCGCUCAGCAACAGAAAUGGGGAAAGCUCUCGCUAGUUUUGGGUAAAGCGUGCUUUUGACUUUUUUUACCCUGGCAAGACGUGGCUACUUGGACUGCAUCUGCAAUGUGGCAAAGGGUGAAGUGAGGACGGCGAAGAGGCCAUGGUUUGUGGGCAAGUCCCCAGGUGCCGCAGGCUUUGUCGCCCUCGUCCCUUCCUUCUGGCCUUAGUGGUGGCUGUCUGUCUGUUCUGCCAGACCCUGACCCCUCUCAUGACCAGCAGCAUCCUUUCGUCAGUCGUUAAUGGGAUUGCACCCAACAAACUGACUAAAACACGGCAAGGAAGAUACAAGGAGGUCUCCUCAAGCAACGUUCUCUGCUUCCCCCCUGGCAGUAACUCACAGACAGUGAAAAAGAUCGAUGGCUCCAUUCUCCAGUACUUUGGAAGCCGUACAAGAAGAGCAGUGCUGUAUGCACCUCCUGUGCACCGAGAGACCGACGGUCAGCUCUGCCAGCGCAUCCUCACAAAACAUGGAUAUACAGUCACUGUCCUUGAAGACAGGAGACUGGUGGAAGAUUCCAGGCAUGAGGGCCCUUAUUACAGUGGUGUGGGCCCUUGGGAUCUUUUGAUCUGCUUAUCUUCCAGAAAAAAUGAUGGUACUGGCUGCAUUCAAAUGGAUGACUUUCAUCGUCUGCAGUUAUUCCAAAAGGUAAACCUACUUCCAGAAAUCCAGCAUUUCCUUUGUGGAAAAGAGGGAUUAUGCCAGAUAACAAAAGUGUUUUCAGGCCUGCAGCUCCCAGUCGUCACCCCAGAGUGCUCCGGUCAGCCUGGGCUGUCAAGGGCCAGCGUUACAGGCAACAUGUCCCAGGGCAGUGAAAGCGCUGAGAAGACACGUACGGCCCAUCAUCUGCAGUCCUGGUGGGAGCAGAGCAGGAGCGCACAGCUAAGUCAAGUAUCAGUUUCACCAGAACACCAGGACGUCCUUAAAGCUCAAGACUUUUCUGUCAUCAUCAAAGCAUAUGUGUUUGUGACAUCCUUAACACCUCUGCGGGCAUUCAUUCAUUCAACCGCCACCGUCUGGCAUCCACCCAAGAAGAAGCACUUUACUGUAAAGCUGCAAAGGUUUUUUGAAUUAUUCUUCAAAAGUGGUUCUCCCCAACAAGCCUUCAACAACAUGAAGGAAGCCAUAAGCAAACUUCUACUUAUAACUGAGAUCUUCAGUGAAUCAUCUGCCUCAGGACCAAAUUCUUUCAAUCGAUGCAGCCAAUGUUUUCAAAUGCUAACCUUUGACAUUGGAUUUGGCACCUCCAUAUACCCACUAGUUCUUAAGGUGCAUGGAAACUUUGACUUUCAAAAUGAGGAUGAAUCAAAUAUUCAGGACCAAACCUUUAAAGAGUUUCUUUUUGAAGAUACUUUUAAAUUUCUAUUAUCUAAUGAAUCCUCAACAUCCACUUUCUUAGAAAUUUUACAAAAAAUACGUGGAUCAACUGUGAGCAAGGAUGGAACGUACCACAGAGAAGAUGAGGAAUGUUUGCCUUUAGAAGACAUAAAUUCAAUGAUUACUUUCAUACAGGAGCUGAAGAGUCUUGGACAAUUUGAACUGCUUUUCCCUUCUACUGCACCCAAGAUUCAAACUUUACUGCGUGACCUUUAUCACAUGGUUGACCCCAUGAGGCGGCUUGGUUCAGUCCUGACUAUGCACUGGUUGCUCUCCAGCUUACUUGAACAAUUCCAGUUCAUGACUAAAGAGACACAUACAAAUCUUUCAGAAUGGGAUUCUUCUCAGGAAAGCAUGAGGCCUAAGCAGAAUGUCCCUUCUGACUUCAGGAAGAUUCAUGAAGCAUUGCGCUAUUCCAGUAAGACUAAAGAAAGGCAAUGCAGUUAUGAUAAAGAUACCCUAUCUCAUAUCAGGCAGAUCUUCACCAGUCCACAGCUGGACUUGAAUCCUCAAUUUAAUCCAAAGAUCAAGGAAUACUAUGCAGAAGUGCCAUUCGACAUGGUGACAGUGAAGAUAGGAGCAGAACCAUCUAAUUGUCAGUGUCAAGUACACCUUGAUGACAAGAAAGGACCAAGAAUUGCUAACUACCCCCUUGGCCUUGGAUUGAACAAAGUCAUUGUUCUCGUAACAGAUGAUUCUCAGCCCAGUCCUCAGGUUGUGAGCAGCUACAAAAUCACAAUUUAUCGAGAGGACCGCCCUAGUCUGCCUUUGUUUGAUGACUAUGUGAUGUGUGGAUUUGUGCAGGACUGUGGUUCUCGAAUUCGUCCAGAGGAGUCCUGUGGCUUGCAGCCUCUGUCUCAUGAAUACCUCUCAGCAAUUUCACAGACGGUGUUCAAGACCUGUGACGCUGGAGACACAAAAGGACAGUGGAUCGUUCCUUGUCUCAGCUGCUCUGACAACAGGACCUGUGACUGGAGAGAAAUAACUUGGCAGCCCCACGGCUGCCGACACUCUGUGCUGGCCAAGCCUGAGCUCCAGCGCUGUGUGGAGGGCAGAAGGAUUCUUUUUAUAGGUGACUCAACUAACAGAGGGAUGAUGUACUACCUAAUAGAAAGAGUGAAUAAGACUCUUCAGGAAUGGCAAAAGACUCACGAUGUUAAAUGUUAUCACAAUAUCAACGAGGGAAAAACAUUCAUCAGUUACUCCUACUACCCCCAGUUUUGGAUGAAUGCAAACCAGAGACCAACUUUUGAGAAAGCACUAGAACAGCUGCUACAGAGAUCACGUCCUCUGGAGAACACAGACCAGACUGUAUUAAUUGUAGGUGGUGUUCAGUGGCUUAAUUCCAAUCACCUGCAAAUUAUCCAAAAGGUGUUGAACAGGGAAAAUCUGUCAAAUAUCCUGGUAAUUAUCAAAUCCAUAGGAAUGGGCUUUCACCUCCCAGUGGAUGGAAUACAUUCUCUAUCACAGGAAGAAGUGCAAAACCUGUGGAAUGAAAACUUGGUUAUUCUGGAUACAGCAAAAAAUUUUGGCUAUGAAGUUGUUGACACCUUUAUCAUCACCAUGGGGCGUUACAAAGAAUUCCUGCAAGGGAAGUGCGGCUGCCAUUUCCAUGAGGUGGUGAAAUCCAAUCCCUCUGAAGAAAGUCCGCACAUAACAAUGACGUUACCAAGGCACCAUACAUUGGGGAAAUAUUUCGUCAGUCAAAGCAAACCAUCACAACUGCAAGACUAUGGAACAAAUUCUCAGUCCCCAUAUCAUGUCCGAGGUCCAAUAAAUCAAGUUUAUUCUGAAAUCCUUCUCAGCAGGCUCUGUGAAAGAAAGAGGGAAUUGGUCAGCACGUAGCCUCUCUUCAAUACAGGGCUGGGACUAGAGAUGUGCCACUACCUGAAUGACAAUCCAAGGACCAUGGUGCAUUUAUGACAUGCUUUCUUGGUUGGCUGCAUGCACACCAAGAGAGUUUGGGACAGGUGGCAUUUUUCUGACAACUUCAUGAAAUCAAGAUAUGCCCUGGCAAUUCUGUGGUGUCAAAAUGGAAGAUGGAGGGAUGCAAAGGAGAGAAGAGGCAAAGUUGCUUGAACUGUUGCCAAAAGCUGGAACAGCUGUAGCUCAAGCAGCUGUAUAUUAAUGAUAGUAAAACCAGAGAAAUAUAUACACUUGGAAGAUUUGGAAAGGACUGCUUUAGCUUUUCAGCAGUAUCUAGUUUUUCUAUUUAUAGAGACACUGUAAUAUUUGAAUGUAUUUAGAAGCUGGCUACAUUCCAUUUUAAAGAGUUUUAUGUGGAUAGGUUCCCCUUCACUAUCAAACCUUUUCUAUUUAGACACUUGGUUUAUACAAAUUGCAAAUAUCUAUCAGCAUUCUACUGAUGAUGUUGUUUUGAACUCCAGUGUUUUUAGUGAAAACACUUCCCUUCUUUGUAUCUUAGAUGGAACAGAUGUCUAUUCUAUUUUUUGCAUGUUCUAAAGCUAAUAUAGAGACAGAUUAAUUAGACUUGAGACUGAUUAUAACAUUCUUGAUGUAACAUGUAAAUAUAGCGAACAUGUUAACAUAACCAUAUUUAUGGUCCCAGUUUAGGAGAGUGGCCACAUGCGGCAAGACUGCUUAGAUAUGUGCUCAGUGUCUACCUUGGUCUGUAAGUCAAGUAUUCUUCCCGCAUGGAAGUUCCAUUUCUGUUAUGAUUUUUUAUAAAAUACUUGCUAAUGUUUGAAGUCAGUACCACAAACAGAAGAAAAAAAUCCCCUUUUCAAGCAUACAUAAGAACCUGGGGAUCUGGUUUUUAAUCUGUUAGGAGCAUUGUGUGAUGUGAUGGGAGCAGAAUAUGCUGCCUGCAGCUCAUGCUUGGCAGGGACAAGACCUUCUCUGAACUCCAGGUUCAUGCUGUAGCCCAGCUACACCCCCAAUGUUUGCAGAUCUGCUCUGGGUGAAACCCAGGGAGUGGCUUUACCACCACAGGGGAGAACUGUCUGCUGAUCUGCUGCCACAGCAUUGGCAGCACACUCAUUUGCAGUUGUGGUGCCUUGAUGGGAAACCACAUGUGGUCCAGGCUUAGUGGCUGCAUGAUGGGUUAAUGGCAUCCCAUAAUACUAUUCUCCUUACAAAUUAUGCAGUUAUGGAUUUUUAUGAAUCCAACCAUGGACAGGCAAUCAAGACACCAGUCUCUCCCACCAUGCACUAGAGAAGGGAGUCAGAAUCAGGUAAGUACGAGGACAUGCCAAGCUCUGUGACAUGCUUCCCCUUCACAUUUUUAUAAAUAAGCUUCCACUAACUUCUACUGCCUUUCGGAAAGGAUGCUGCAAGCAAUGUCAGGAAAAAAAAAAACAAAAAACAAAAAACAAAAAACAAACAAACAAAAAAACCAAACCAAACCAAAACAAAACAAAACAAAAACAAAAACAAAACAAAACAAAACAAAACAAAAAAACCCCAACAAAUUAUAGCAUGAAACUGAUCACCAUCCUUUUGGUCUUAGUAGCAGACAGAGAGUCUGCCUUGUGUAGAAGGACUAGAAAUUAAUGUCACCAUAUUUAGGGUCUGCCAAAGCUGAUUAAACUCAACACAGUCUGUAUCCCUGAAGUUUUGUGAAUUCCUAGUCCUUCAGAUAAGAUAUGUGGGGAUAUAAUUUGAAAUCAUCAUGCAAUAUGGACUUUGGCUUCCCUUGAUGAUCGAAGGAUCCUCAAAAAGAGGACAUGGCAUAUCUAAUUCAGGAGACCUUCCACAAUAUUGACAAAGCUCCUAAUUUAGGCAGUGACAUUACAUUUAGUGAGACAGUGUAGAUAUCUGUUUCUCUAUAAUAUGCUGCUGUGCUUACCAUAAAUGUCCCUGACUUUCUCUGUAAGGUUUUCCCUGGCAUGGAGCUUUACACAAAAGAUGGGUCAGGAACUGUGCAUAAAUACUGAAGAUGUCAGCAAUUUUUUUUUUUUUAGCAAUAUGAUUAUCUAAGGAAUAGAAUUGUAUGCAAAUGAUAUAAUAUAUAAUUUUGGGUCUGGAACUCCAGGGCUGCACAACUUUAAGUUGAAGGAUUUAAUACCAUGUCAUUAAUAUCAAUAAAUAUAAAAUGCAGCCAGAUGUCUUUGGUAUUAAGAUGAUCAAUGAUAGGUGUAUUACAAUUCUGCUUCUGUUACAAUUUUUGUAGCUCAUUUAUAUCCACAUGCUGUUGCUGUUAUUGUUCUAUACACAAAUGUUUUUAAGGCAUGAACUGGGGUUUUAUAUUUGGGUUGUUUGCGUUUGUUGAUGUUUGGGUUUUUUGGUUGUCUUUGUUUGUUUGUUUGGGUGUGGGUUAUUUUUGGUUUUGUUUUGUUUGGUUGGUUGUUUUUUAAUCAAAGGCUAUUGCUGAAGCAUCAGCAUAAUGAUGAAAAGGAAAGAGCUGACUUUGUUCUCCUGUAGAUGAUACUAGCAAAUGUGCAAUUCAUCACUUCUGGUUUCACCACAAAUGGUUUACAUGUGCUGUGCACCCAGAUGUCUUAAUGUUUUCCAAAUCUUAGUAUUUUUUCAAAUGUAGCAAGUGGAAUUUUUUCUGUGUGUUUUCUAUUUUUUACAUGUCUAUGUACAUAUAUAUGUGUCUACAAAGUCAUUGGUAUAAUUUGCAAAAUGAUCUUUACUUAAACAAUUUAACCAAAUAUGUUUUUUCAACAGUAUAUAUGAACCAUGCAAUCUUAGGAAUAAGCAAAGGGAACGCUGACUAGAAUAGGUACCAAAGUACAUUUUUCCUUAUUUAACUUUAAAAUAUAUCUAGCAUCUAUAGGUAUGUGAAAGAAGAGAGUUAAGAUUGGCAUGAAAGUAUUGCUCCCUCAUACACAUUAAAAUGUACAGAUUAAGACAAUAAAAGAAUUAUGUUUGAAUUCCAUUGAGAGCA